AUGACUCAACCAAGGCCAAAUCUUGCAAACGUGAUUGAAUUGUUAUACUCGGUCCAAAUGCCUCUUUACAAGUAUAACGGGCCGAUCUCCUGCGACGUCGAUUUCGACAGGUCCGGAUUGCAAGGCAAGACUGCAAUCGUCACUGGUGCUUCUCAAGGUGCAAACGGUAUCGGGGAGCGGUAUGUGCGCGCGCUUGUCAGAUCGAGAGUCAAAAAGACUAGGUCAAGCUCUUUGAAACAGCUAAAGACUUCUCACCUACGGGUCUUCUCCUACGACGCUUCCGGACCUCGGGAGCCAGAUCUCAAAGUAGUGGACGUAAAUCUCAAGGGCGUGCUGUACACGUCGAAGCUCGCCACGCACUAUUUUAUCAGUCAGAAUGGUAAGACUGAGACAAAGCAGCAAGAAGACACUUGUCUGAUCCUCAUCGGCAGUGGUGCUGCGUUCUUGGACUGUCCACGCUCGCCGCAGUAUCAGGCGACAAAGUAUGUGGGGACCAAGAUUCUUUCCAAGGAAGCAUUUGAUCACGUCAAGAGCUUUGGGAGUUGA